UGUGAUUUUACUGGACUAUAACAGGAUUUGGAGAACAGACUACAGGUGAGUGCAAAGGAUUUUAGUUAAUAGACAGGUGGCAGUGCAUGAGUGCAAUUGCAGGAGAAUAGAGUUAUUAAAUUCCAAACAGAACCCACGCCUACAUCCUAAAGACAAAACUAAAAUGUCCUAACAAGAUCCCACCUUUGUCAGGUUCCCACAAUGGAGACCAAUGAGUGGCGUCGUAGGGACUGGGCUUUAGUGAGAGGAGUCCCGUUAGUUUGUGCCUUUUCUCCAAACUUUGAUCGGAUUGACCAGUUUCAAGCCAGAGAAGAUGACAUUGUCAUAGCAACCUACCCCAAGUCAGGUACCACAUGGGUUAGUGAAAUUGUGGAUGUGAUCCUAUGUGAGGGCGACACGGAGAGGACCCGGAGAGACGCCAUUCACAAAAAGGUCCCAAUGCUGGAAUUUUGUGUACCUGGAAUCAUACCUCCAGGUACGGAACUAUUAGAGCCACUUCCUUCUCCACGUGUCAUCAAGACUCACCUGCCUCUCGCCUUACUCCCCAAAUCCUUCUUGGAGAAGAACUGCAAGAUCAUAUACGUUGCGAGGAAUCCCAAGGAUGUCGCCGUGUCAUUUUACCAUUUUGACAAAAUGAACAAUUUACACCCAGAGCCAGGACUGUGGGAUCAAUAUCUGGAAAAGUUUUUGAAAGGAGAAGUUGGGUAUGGAUCGUGGGGCUCUCAUGUAAGAGAAUUUUGGAAUUUGAAAAAUAAGAAAAAUGUCCUGUACCUGUUUUAUGAAGAUAUGUUACAGGACCCGAAGAAAGAAAUAAAGAAGUUGAUGAAGUUCCUGGAGAAAGACCUGCCUGAGGAGGUUGUGGAGAAGAUCCACCAUCACACAUCCUUCAAAGCCAUGAAGGAGAAUCCUACUACAAAUUACACAGCUGUCCCCUCUACUGUCAUGGACCAAUCAGUAUCACCCUUCAUGAGGAAAGGAAUUAGUGGCGACUGGAAAAACCACUUCACUGAGUCACAAAGCAAAAAGUUUGAUGAAUAUUAUCAGAGGGAAGUAGCUGGCAGCGAUUUAUCCUUCAGCUUUGGAGACUGAGGCAGCCUAAGGCAAUGAAAAACAAGAGGAAAUGCACCUGAUAGGUUUAAUGUUUAGCAGCAGUGAUUUAAUACUACAACUACUACAAACUGCCAUAAUCAUUAAAAGACUUAGUGACAAGUAUUGCACAAAAAAGUGCUCGAUGGACAUUUCGUAUGCACAACAUCUUUUAUUACAUGAUUCCUAAAAAACGUUUGGGCUGUUUAACUACUGCACAUGUACACUAAGAAGCAAGCGAAUGUUCACCUCUUGGUUACUGCAGAAUAUACAAUGGGAAAAAAAACAGGAGAUGGGAAGAGAUAAAUAGAGAUUCUCAGCAGCUAAUCAAGUGACUAAUCUGCAAGGAGUAUUUGUUUUGAUUAUGUAUUAUAAACGUCACAGUUAAAUAUCUCAAAGUGAGCUAAUAUUUUUCCUAAACGUGUACAGUAUACUUUAUAGAUUUUGGCAAGAAUUAUAUAACAGUUUUAUAGUAACAAGUUUAUAUAAAAAAAUGAAAUUAUUCAGCAGCUCAGCUGUAAUGUUUAGUCUUUGAAUUAAUAAAAAUUAGCAAAUGAUAUUGAUCUGUAUUUGCAGUAGUCUGGAACACAGCAAGCAGCAGUGUCAUGUUACAUGUAUGUGCGUAUAAUAUAUGUCAAUAAACUGUGUGUGGAAGUCAAAUUACAUACACUACCGACACACAUUACAUUAAACUGUUUAAAGGGA